AUCAUCGGGCUGCUCGACGUGUUCACCCCCUCCACUUCCUACGGUGACUUCCAGGACGUAUAUCUCGUGACUCCUCUGAUGGGUGCCGACUUAAACAAUAUCGUCAAAACACAAAAGUUAACAGACGACCAUGUGCAGUUCCUCAUAUACCAAGUCCUUCGAGGCCUUAAAUACAUUCACUCAGCGGGUAUUAUCCACAGGGAUCUAAAGCCAAGUAAUAUAGCUGUCAAUGAAGAUUGUGAGCUGAAGAUCCUUGACUUUGGUUUGGCCCGACCCACCGAGUCAGAGAUGACUGGUUAUGUGGCCACCAGGUGGUAUCGUGCUCCGGAGAUUAUGCUCAACUGGAUGCACUAUAAUCAGACAGUGGAUAUCUGGUCAGUGGGCUGCAUAAUGGCUGAGCUUCUGACUAGCAGAACCUUAUUCCCAGGUGCUGAUCACAUUGACCAACUAACGCGCAUCCUAGUGGUCGCCGGAACGCCGGAUGAAGAAACUUUAUCUAAAAUCACCAGUGAGGAGGCUCGCAACUACAUACGCUCUCUGCCCCAUAUGAGGAAGAAGGACUUUAAGCAAGUUUUCCGUGGAGCAAAUCCCUUAGCGGUGGACCUGCUGGAGAAGAUGCUGGAGCUGGAUAGUGAGAGGCGUGUGACAGCAGCCCAGGCGUUGGCCCACCCUUACCUGGCUCAGUAUGCUGAUCCCACUGAUGAGCCUGACAGUGAGCCCUAUGACCAGAGCUUCGAGGACAUGGAUCUCCCAACCGAGAAGUGGAAAGAACUUGUAUGGAAAGAAGUGAUAGACUUCACACCCAAGCCAGCAGUAUUGGCAGAAGAAGCAGAGAAAACGCAGUCAUCUUCGCAGUGAUAGUCACGCUUCAAAACUGAUUACUUUGUUUCAGAAUUUGCUUGAAAACAGCCUUCUUUUCAUGGUGAAAGUGUCAUAUGUUAGCAUAGGGGCACCUGAAGAGGAAUAUGUUGUAAAUAUUCACAUGCCAAACAGUACACCCUGUGGAUGUUCCUCAUCAGCUCUGUUCUUGAAGAUAACCUCAGGUGGAAGAUGUCGGGAACUGAUUUUGUAUGAAAUUUGUGUUUAUUAAGAUUAUUGUAAGAUGAUAGUUGCUGUUUCUGUUUUUUUUUUUUUUCAGUCAUGUGGGGACUUUUGUAGGCCUGUAAAAUAUAUUCUGCCUUAUCCUUAUUGGGCAUGGAUAUUAUUAUUCUAUGUAAAUUUGAAAGUUAUUACUAUUUUUUGUGUUUUUGAAGCAUUAUCAUACUUAUUGUAAUUAUAUUCUAACCACCAUGCUUUGAUGCAAUAUAGAGAGUGAGGUAUCAAAGAUUCGGGUCAAAAGCUAGUUAUCUUUAGAUUUAUAUUUUAUGAGAUGCAUAGGUGGGUGAGGGAGAACAUAUACUUUGACUUUUAGAGGUGGCCUUAGUAAUGUAUUGUUGAAUGUGCAAUGUUGGCAUCUAGCAGUAAACUUGUUGAAGGGUUAGAUUUACAGCAAUACAAAUGGCCAUUUAUACAUUACUCCCCAGAAGUGCUCGUUUGAACAAACAGAACCUUGUGUUGCAAUCUGUGCCAUGACGACAUUCUUGUAUGCAAUAAAAUGGUUCGUGCAUUGCAAAGACUGCUGAUGCCCACGAUUAGAUAUUGAACCUCGUACAUUUCUUCACUAAUUUCAGUGAUAUAAUGAUAUAAUGAGUAGGUCAAUAAUUUCCUCAGUGGUUGCCAUUUUAAUAAGAUUAUGAUAGUUUUUGACUACUAAUUGCACCAGAAAGAGGAUGACUGGUAACAUGCAUUAGGUUGUAGAUUUUUUUAUGUGGUUAGUAACUUGGAUCUUCUUACUAACUUUUAAGUAAUUUUUAUUGUUUACAAUACUUAUUGUUGAAGACCAUGCUGUUUGUAUAUGACAUAUUUGAUUGUUUUGGUUGGAUUAUUAUGUGAAUUAAUAUAUAUCUCAAAAGUACUUAAGCAGUUCUAAUAUACACAUUGAAUGAUCUACUCCAUUUAGGUGGCAAAAGUCUCUGUAGCUCUUUUUUUUAAUAUGAUUAUAAUGUAUUUAGUGCCUAGCAAACACUUCACCUUGAUAUAGUGGUAACAAUAGUGAUACAGUUUCAUGAGUUCUGUAACAUACAGAAAGAUUUUUCAAGUUGUUGGAAAAUGUUUACUCAAAUGGAAACAGAAAAGUGAAAGUAGCUCAUUUACCAAGAGCUAAAGACUACAGGGUUAUGAUACCAGACAGAUCAGAGAUGAUGCCAAGUUGAUUUUCUGCAUAUGUGAUGAGUGAACUAAAAUGUGAAUGCAAGCAAUGAAUGGGAAAAAAAAAAAAAAAAAAAAAAAAAAAAAAUGUGCAUGUUAUCUGAGUCUUGUGUGUGAUAAAGAAAGAACUUGUCUGAAAAGAAUUUAAUAGAAAAUUACCAGGAUUGUAUUGGGACAAGAGGAAUUUCUUAAAAGCCUAUGACCUGACUCUGGGAGGCGGCUUUUCAGGAAAUAGUAGAAUGAUGUGCCACGUAUCAUUUUGGUGUUUGAAAAUUUGUAUGGUAGGUAUUUUAUAAACAAAUAGUUUUAUCAGCUUCUUAUAUUUUCCCUUCUUUUAUCAUUUCUCUUUUCUUUGUAGUUGUGACUACUGGUUUAUCUCUUUUCAGAGCUUGGACUUGCGUUCCUAUUUAAGCUUUGUUUGACAUUUUUGUAAAUAAUGUGUUUGUAAUUUUCCUCUUGUUUUUUUGUUCCCCUCUCUAUUGAUAAAUAAUUUGUAUGCGUGCAUGUGCAUCUGUCUGUUUAUAUGCCUGCUUGUCUGUAUGUCUCUUCUCUCUUUCAGUAUGUAUGUGUUUGUGCUUGUGUGUGUCUGUGUUUGGACUUGGCAGUAUUUGUGUGUGUGUGUGUGUGUGCACCUGUGUCUGUUAUGGCAUCACCACUUUGACUGCAAAACAUGAUUUUACUGCAGUGCCUGUGAAAUAUGAAAAUGUGUAUUGGCUGAGUGUUUUUCUUGUAAGAAAUGAAAGCAUGGACAAGCAAAAUACAGGGCAUUGAUUCCCUGCCAGUGAUUUAUGUAAUAAGUCUCCAUCCACUUGAUUUCUUUUAUCAAAAUAUUCAUUGUUCUGUGUUAUAUUUUGCCCAUUUUGAUGAGAGAGCUAAGGAAUGAAUAGAACAGAUAUUAACUUUGGUUAAUCAAGGCCAUUUUCUUUCUUGGUAAAAAUCAGCAGUUUUGAUGGCCAUAUCUAUUUCUGUGAGGCAGGAAGUGAUACUUUUCCCCACAUUGUUUUUGUUUAUUUAUUAGCAUCAUUUAUGAAUAAUCUGUGCUUAAGGUGUGAUUCUUCUUUCAGUGAUCACUGCAUUUUAUUCAUACUGUGUAUCUUCUGAACUGCGCUUUUCAUUUUCAGUGACCAUUUGUCCUUGGUUAGAAAGGAAUGUGAAACUGGCUUUAUUAUAAGCUAAUUUUUGUUUUAUGUCAAAGGAGCCAUGUUGCCACAAGGCCAUUUGAGCUGUUUUUUCUGUAUGUACAUUUCUUUGUUAUUUUGUAUUUUGUUUUCAUGGAUGUUUUAUUAAUAAUGUAGAGAUAUGUCCAGGAACUGUGUUAUUAUAUAGAUUUAUAAAUUUCUUUCAUCUUAAUGAGCAAGUGUGAGAAAUCAUCUUAAUUAUUAUCAUUAUUGUUUUUAUUAUUAUUUUUUUUUAAUGCUUUCACAAGGGGACAGCUAAAAUCACAAGGCAGCUGUUGUAUACUACCAUCAGUUCAUUUACUUGAUUUUUUUUUUUAUAUAGUGUGGGAUUCAUAUUUUCCCUUACUUUUUUCAGAUUAUAAAUUUCUUUAAUUAGAUUGUUUUUACAAAUGACUGAUAUGAGGCCAUUGCAUCUGAUAUAUGACUGAGGAUAAGCUGUCUGGAAUGUGAACAGAAAAGGUGCCUCAUUUUAAAGAAUGCUGUUUGGGAGUUUGAAUACACUGUACUUCUCUUGGCAUCGGAAGUAACUUGGGUGAAAGAGGAAAGCACAGGACAUAAUCAGGAGCCUGUUUGCUAUAUGGGGUAACUUUAUUCCCAAAAAUUCAGAUAUGCUUGAUGUUUUUUUUUUUUUUUUUUUUUUUUUUUGUUUCGUUUGUUUUUACGGUUGAAUGCCUGGUUUUGUAAAAUUCAGUCUGUUUAGAUUUUUUUUUUUUUUUUUUUACACAAUACAAAUUUUGUUGAUGAUGGUCUGUCUAUAAAGUAACUGUCUGGCUGCCUCAUUGUAAGAUUUCUUACAAUAUUGCCUUAUAUCAAGCAAGCCAUUAAAAACCGUGUAAAUAUACUACAUAGCAAUUAUAUGAUUUAUACAACUUUUGAUUAUCUUCUCAUUAAGUCUGUGAGAAUGUGGCUAAGUCCCCGAUCGCGGCAAUGUGAAAGAGAUACUAGGAUUGUGUAAAGAGAGACAAGAACUGUGCCUUCACUACAAACAGAAGAGUUGGUGCUGAAAGUUAGCCACUUCCUGAAAUUUAAUCUACGUGAUGUUUUAUUUGCAAAAAGGUUUCCCUAUAUGAACUGAAUCAAAUUGUAAACUUGCAAAGGUGAAUCUUGGAGCUCCUCUGCUUGCUGCAAAUAACUUGAAUAUAUUGUGGUUCAAGAGAAUAAGUCCAUGAUCAAUUUUAAGAAUACAAAUCAAAUAUAAUACUUUAUUUUAAUUAGGAUCUAUAUUGUAAAGAGAAGUCAAGAGAUGAGUAUAUUUAACCUAGCUAUAUAUUACUUGUACAGAAAAAGAAAUUCCUUUUAAUGCAGAAGAAAAAGUCAGGUGUUUUGAAAUAAAAGCAAAACAAAAACAAAUGGUGAUUUUAAGAAUUUAUUCAAAUGAGCAAUUUUUUUAUGUGCUCACAGUCUCAUUAUACUUUUUCAUCCAUGUUGAAUGCACUUUUUCCAUUUUUUCUAUGUUUGUGAAAACAAAGAAUGUAUGGUUUUGUGAUUUGUGAAAACCUCAUUUCUCGCCUAUCAUCUUUGCCUCAUGCUGUGUUGACGUGUUUCUUUUUUCUAAUUGUAAGUUUUGUUGUGGAAUAUAGUUAAGGAGAAAGUUAAUACUUAAUGUAAAUUUUAUGAGUUGCAAUGAUCAUCCUUAAUCUUUUAUUGUAAAUAAAAUAAUGGCUUUU